CAAUUGCUGCGGCUUGCGAUUGACGAACCAGUUGGUCGGCCAGCCGAACCGACCUCGCGCGCGACUCGCGGCCGUCAUUAUUUCACAGUCGCGCGUCGCCUGCGACGCACGCGACUCCAUUCUUCGCGAUAUGACCCAGUGACGUGAUAGUAUGAAUAAAACCGAAGCCCCGAGAGAAGCCGCCGCGCCCAGCGUGGCGAUCCACGUGGACCACUAUGACGACCCGGACAGUGCUCAUGCAAAGCUUCUCGACCUACACUCACCAGCCCCGAUCGUAACGCCCUCUGGGCAAAUGCGAAAAGUGAAGAGUUUCACCGAUACACACAGAAUUCGCGACGUGAGUGCCGCUUCUGGUGCAGCAUCCGCGCGAUGCCUUCGCCCCUACGACCAAAUCGCCACAAAUCCUGAAGGUUCUGAGUGUGGGACCAACCAUUAUGGUGCUCCUUCUAUACGCUCCCUUGCUUCAAUCGGGAUGGGCUGUACGGAUGGCCGCAAAAUGGUUAUCAAGCGAGUGCCUACGUCGCCCACCGAACUGUUUCAUCUAGUACGUCCUCCUACGCCGCCUGAUGAGGACACGGCAUCGCAUGACAGUGAUUGUGAUGAAGAGGAAGAAGAUGCGGAGACCGAGCACCUCAAGCCUAGGAGACCCUUUUGGGCGAAUAAAAUCCAGUUCGUGCUGGCUUGCGUCGGUUACUCAGUGGGCCUCGGCAAUGUAUGGCGCUUCCCAUACUUGUGCUAUAAAAGCGGUGGAGGUGCUUUCCUCAUACCGUACUUCAUAAUACUCUUAGUAUGCGGCGUGCCCAUGCUGUUCAUGGAAUUGGCGGUGGGCCAGUACACGGCACACGGGCCCAUAGGGGCGCUUUCGCAAAUAUGUCCACUCUUUAAAGGCGCCGGCCUCGCAAGCGUGGUGAUCUCGUUUUUAAUGUCCACCUACUAUGCCGCAAUCAUCGCGUGGGCAAUUUACUAUUUCUUCACGUCGUUCAAGUCCGAAGUACCCUGGGCGAGCUGUGCCAAUCGGUGGAACACGCCGCAAUGCUGGGUGCCCUACCACAACCACACCAAGCCCAACGGCUCCCAGACACCUACGGAACAGUUCUUCGAGAAGAAGGUUCUGAGCAUGAGUGAUGGUAUUGAGUUCCCCGGUGGCAUGCGGUGGGAGCUGGCAGCUUGCUUGGUCUGUGCUUGGGUGUUAGUCUACUUCGCCCUAUGGAAAAGUAUCAAAUCUUCCGCCAAAGUCCGCUACAUCACCACUACACUUCCCUUCCUGCUGAUCAUUGUAUUCUUGGGCCGAUCACUGACGCUGGAAGGUGCCGACGUAGGUUUAAGAUUUUUCUUCAAGCCGGAUUGGGAACUGUUAAAGCAAUCGAGGCCCUGGGUGAACGCGGCGUCACAGAUCUUCAACUCGAUCGGCAUCGCGUUCGGAUCCAUGAUAAUGUUCGCCUCGUACAAUCGCUUCGACAACAACUUCCUGCACGACACGCUGGCCGUGUCGCUGGUGAACGCCGUCACCAGCCUCAUCGUCGGAAUAUUCACCUUCGCCACUAUCGGAAACAUUGCAUUCGAACAAAACACAUCAGUGAAAGACGUCAUCGCUGAUAGUCCAGGUUUGCUGUUCGUCGUGUAUCCUCAGGCUAUUGCAAAAAUGCCGGCAUCACAGUUAUGGGCCGUAUUAUUUUUCUUCAUGUUCCUUUGUCUUGGACUUAACAGUCAGUUCGCGAUUGUUGAAGUAGUGGUUACGUCAAUACAAGACGGAUUCCCUGACAUGAUACGCAAGCGGCUCGUAUACCAUGAGUUGCUGGUGCUGUUAGUUUGCGCCGUGUCUUUGGUGUGGGGUCUACCGCACAUAAUACAGAGCGGCAUAUUCCUGUUCCAACUCAUGGAUUACUAUGCUGCUUCUCUGAGCAUCACAUACCUCGCAUUCUUCGAAGUAGUCGCCAUAGCCUGGUUCUAUGGCGUCGGCAGACUAUCUCGAAAUAUCAAACAAAUGACUGGUCGUUACCCGUCGCUGUACUUUCGAGUGUGUUGGCUGAUAGCGGCGCCGGCGCUGCUGCUGGCGCUGUGGGUGGCAAGCCUGGUGGACUACACGCCACCAACUUACCGCCAAUAUGUUUACCCAGCCUGGGCACAGGUCCUCGGUUGGAUUAUAGCAUCACUCUCCCUACUUUGCAUACCAGUGUAUGCGGUCGUCGUUAUUAUUAGUUCCCCCGGGAAAACCUUGGGAGAGAGACUACGUCAUUCCAUACGCCCGGCAUCGAUAUGUGAAUGUGGUAUUAGUGGUUGUGACAUUUGCUGUUCCGAGUCUGAUCCUCCUGAAGAUAAAGUGACGAUCAACUAGUCCAUACAGUUUAAGUCAUUGGUGAAACAAAUACAAGUCGUGUCAGACACGACAAGUACUCUACCUACUUUAACGAUAUCAAUAAUAAAUAAGACAAUAAGAUAAUAGAACAAGACGUUGUACCAUCAUUAUUAUCAUUAAUUUACACUGAGGCGGAGAUCGCACUCGACCUAAAAUCAUAAUCAUGUAAUGGUGACACAGUUUUCUUCGUACUCGAGUUGUAAAUGUGCGCAGGCGGCUAAGGUGUGACUCGGACAACUUCACGCCGAUCACUCAUUAUGUAGAUUACACACAGAUAACAAGCAUUUAUAAGGAAUUUACGUGUUAAUAAACAAUGACACACUUAGCGGGUAAAAACACAUAGGUACGCGUUUUUAAUAAUCCUGUGUCUGAUACGUAACUAAUAAAUCGCGCAUCUUUUCGAUUUUGAGUGGUUAUUGAGGUACAGAUUUAAUAUAAAUACCGUGUACGAUACGAAUCUACCUACCUACGUGCUCUUAAUGGCCCAAGAGGGGUUAAAAAGCAAAAGCAAUUUGACAUUUGCGCAUACAAAUGUACACAAAUGUCAAAUAGCAAUAUUGCUUUUUUAGAUGAAUUGCUUUGAUGUGGCCUUUUUAACCCCCAAGGUCACGAAACUAUCGAAACCUUCGCAGGUUUACCACGCGGUUACCAUGUUAUUAUAGGCAUAUCAUCAAAUUCGAAUAUUUAUUGUAACUGAAAACACUUAGUUUUAAUGUUGACAUUCCAAAGUUAUAUUGCGAGACUGUUAGUGACGAUGUAUGUAUCUCGACAUAUCUGAUGGCUAUCAUUGUGUUCAUUCUGAUAUGAUUUGCGGGCCAGCCUACUAACAUUCAACUAAAAGGGCUCAGUUUUGCAUUGAUAAGAUAACAGUGUAUAAGUUAGCUUUAAAUUGGGUAUCUAUCCCCAAAUAUCUACUGAUCAAAAUCAUUUUGUUUUUAAUCCUCAAUAUUCAAUAUGUUAAAAUAUUCUAUUGCUUAUGUAAUAAGCCUAUUUAUACAGUUUCCAAAACCACAACUUGUGAUGAAAGACAUUCCAGUAGGAACUACUUUUAAGUGUAAGUGAUAAGUUGAAUAAGUAUUUAUUCUUAGAAAUUACCAUUUGAAGUGUUUAGUGUAAGAAACAUAACUGCAUCACGCCUGUAUCCCCAAAGGGGUAGGCAAAAGUGUAAAGAAUAUGCACCCACUCCUCACAAGAACAAAAUGUAAUAAAACAAACUACUGAUAUAACUACUCAAUCAAAUAUUACACUGAUGUUAAAUAAUAUACAAAGUACAAUAUCUCCAUACCAUAUCUAUUAUAACAAUGAUGAAUAAAUCUAAAUUAUGUAAAUAUUUGAAUUGUAAAUACAUAAUUGACUACUGUCACUACUAGAAUUAUAAGAAUUAAAUAAGUACACAAAGGAAACAAA